AUGUCCAAUUCAUCCACUACAAGGAGCCCACAAAAAUGGGUGAACGAGGAUUGUCUGCAUGUGAAUAUUUUUGCUGGAGAGGACUGUAUGAAAACCAGCUGUCCGGUAGUCUUCUAUAUUCAUGGAGGUGGUUUCAAUUAUGACUCGGCUGUCAUGUUCAAGGACGAUUUACUUGUCAACAAUUUCGGAGGGAAUGACAUUGUCUUGGUAAUCCCUGGAUUUCGCCUUGGCUUUUUUGGCUUGCUAACAUUUGCAUCUGAUGAGGUAGUUCCAAGAAAUAUUGGUGCAUAUGAUCUUCUUGCGGCUCUGAACUUUAUCAAAAGCGAAAUAGGAAGUUUUGGCGGUAACGGAGAUGAUAUCACUCUUUUUGGUCAUUCUGGAGGAGCUGUCGCAGCGACACAGUUUGCCUUAUCGAGGCGGAUUGAUCCCGAGAGGAAGCUGUUCCAGAAAGCAGUGUUAAUGUCCAUGGAGUUCGGGUUUGCGGAUUUGCCUCAUAUGGAGGAGUUGACGAUGGAUCUGGCUUACCGUGCAAAAUGUUCAGUAUCAAGAAAACUGAGGCACGAAUCAACAGCGCUUGUUGAAGGGAUUGUGCGAUGCCUUCGCGAUGUCGACAGCACUGAAAUACUGCGAAUCCAGCGAGAGAUGGAGGACGAGAGUAAGCAUCUUAAACCGGAAGGACUCGUGAUGACUGCACCGCUAUUCGAGGCACAAGACUUGCAGGAAUUCCUCAGCAAUCCUCCGUUGCGGUUAAUAAUUACUGGCACAACAUCGAAGGAACUUGACACUGCAGACGAUUCCAGUGGAGGUUACAUCAUGGAACUACUGGGGUUGAAGAAUUCGGAAGUGAUCAUGGAGAGAUAUCGUGAGGACCUGUCUUCAAAAAAGUUGCUUUUCAACCACACCCUUGAAACUCAGGCAAUUUUUCUUUCGUCGUACGUGGUAGGUCACACACUGCAAGAAGCUGGUGGAAAGGUCUUUCUUUAUUCGUACGCAAAUGCACGUCAUCCGGCUCACACUGAUGAUCUGUCCUAUAUUAUGGGGGUUCACCCAUUUGAGCAUGACGCGAAUGAGGCGGUAUUGGCUGUGGUUUAUCCUAGAUUCUUUGUAGACUUCGUGAAAACCGGAAGACCACGUCGAGAUUGGACACCACUCCAACCAUACUUGGACAACUACAUGAAUAUCGAUGUGGAUGUAGAUAAUGGGACUAUGCCGCACAUGGAAUUACACUACGAAUCACAAGUUGUUAGCUACUGGAGAGGUCUCAAGAAGUAUGACAAGCAACUCAGCGCACUUAAGAAGACGGUCGCUAUAACACAUGAUGUGUCUAUGUCCAACGAUAGUGGUGCAACAGCAACUAGCGUCAAUCAUUCCACUAUCAUUGAGUUAUUCUUGCCAUUGUUCGCAGUUAUUGUUACUGUAUUGCUAGUUGGAUAUCUGGUACGCCGUCGAGAAAGGCAAAAAGCGAACAUCAUGGAUGAAAAUGAGAAAACUCCACUCUUCGCAUGA